CCUUUGUGGCAUUGCUCUAUCCUCCCAGCCUUCGCCUUGUAGUGCACGAUGCUCUCCGAGACCUCGACCCACUAUGGAGCUCCGUCGCCAUGUUCCACUCGAACUGGUCUUGAACAUCAUCACGUGUGCACUACCAUCAUCGGAUGCGAUACUCCCUCCGUCCCACGAUGUUACAAAACUCUUGCUGACGUUCACCUUGGUCUGCCAUGAGACAAGACGGCUGGCCAACCGAUAUCUGCGCGAACGGUGCAUGUAUCUCUCGUCGUCAGAGCGGCUGAGCGCGUACAUCUUGGCAAUCAAGCAUGAGCCGGCACUGCGCAACGCCACUGCACUAUCUUUGUCGCCCUUCCGAGACACUAUUGAUGACCUGCCACUGUGUUCCUGGGUCCGGGAGCUGUUUAACUACACUUGCGGUUCCCUUAGAAGACUUGUCAUUGAUAUACCUCUGCGGAGCUUAUAUCCGGAAGACGACCAUUUGGCCGUGCGUCGCGUGCUCAGGGAGGGCUUUGAGCGGCUCGAGAACCUUGAGGAGUUCGUUAGCUGUCAAGACGAGCUGUAUCUUGAAGUCAUUGAAAAUGGCCGUCAUCCAGCAGUAUGGUCGAACUGGAAGAGACUGAAGCGCCUCGCCCUUUACAAUGUCGACCUGACUUUCUACUUCUUCCAAGACCUUGCGCGCCUUCCUGCCCUGCAAACCCUAGUUCUUUCACGCUCUGAUGGCAACGAAGACUCCCUCGAUGACUGGGCCGAGUACUUCAAAUAUACUACCCGACCAUUCAAACUCAUCAUGUUGGGAUCUGAACGGCGGCGCCUAGUACCCGACCUUCUCCUUUCCGGACGCAUACAAAACAGAUCUAGGGUCAUUGACGUGCCCAUGAUCAAGUCGAUUUGGCUGCAUCAUACCAUCGAUUUUUCCUUCGAGGAGUGCCAGGAAUUUGUACGCUCUCACGCUGAGGCAGGCACGCUGUGGGACAUCGAUCACGGAACAAUACCCUGUAACGGUCGUCCAUACAUCGACGAACCAUAUCUCGCACAGCUCGGUCAGUACUGGCUGAUGCUAGAUGAGCGACGUCGAGCCUGGCCUCGUGCGUCCCGAACAUACAGCCAUCGCCAUGGUCCACAAAAUCAGGACUUUUUCAGAGAGUACAUGGCUGGCGGAUUCGAAUAAGCCGCAUAUGAUCGUCAAUUCAGGUGCAAUCUCAAUUCUGCGAACAGUUGCCUCGAGUGUGCAGUAUAGCCAAUGUAAAAUCCUCCUCACUCUCUUCCACCAUACUCUGUGUCACGGUUUCGAAACGCACUCGGAUAGGUGGGCUGGAGGCAACCUCGUCGAUCUCAAAAUUGCGAUAUUCGCGCCUCAAGCAUAGCUUUCGCUAUCAGUUUCGGCGAAUUUGAUAUUUGUCCUACAGGAAGAGUA